CUGCUGCUGCUGCACCUGGGGCUGGCGGCCGCGCCCAUGGAGCCCGUCAAGGGCACGCUGCUCGGCUUCUUCACCGGCGUCGAGGUGGUGAUCUGUGCCUUAGUGGUGGUGCGCAAGGACACCACGUCGCACACCUACCUGCAGUACAGCGGCCUGCUCACCUGGCUGGCCAUGGCCACGCAGAUCCUGGCCGCCGGCCUGGGCUGCGGGCUGCUGGGCGACGGCAUCGGCUACGUGCUCUUCACCCUCUUCGCCACCUACGGCAUGCUGCCGCUGCCCCUCACCUGGGCCAUCCUGGCCGGGCUGCUCGCCUCCCUGCUGCAGCUCGGCAUGCACGCCCUGCUGCCCCGCCUGCCGCCCGCCUCCGUCAACCAGAUAGCAGCUCAGGCCGUGUUAUUUAUGUGCAUGAACACAGCCGGCAUCUUCAUCAGUUACCUGUCAGACAGAGCUCAGCGCCAAGCGUUCCUGGAGACCAGAAGAUGUGUAGAAGCAAGGCUGAGGCUGGAGACAGAAAACCAGAGACAGGAACGCCUGGUGCUCUCAGUAUUACCUCGAUUUGUAGUACUAGAAAUGAUUAAUGAUAUGACCAAUGUAGAAGACGAGCACUUGCAGCAUCAGUUCCAUAAGAUCUAUAUUCACCGCUAUGAGAAUGUGAGCAUUCUUUUUGCAGAUGUUAAAGGGUUCACCAACCUCUCCACGACCUUGUCAGCGCAGGAGCUGGUUCGGAUGCUGAAUGAACUCUUUGCCAGAUUUGAUCGACUAGCGCAUGAACAUCAUUGCCUUAGAAUUAAGAUCCUGGGGGACUGUUACUACUGUGUUUCUGGGCUCCCAGAACCACGCCAAGACCAUGCACACUGUUGUGUUGAAAUGGGACUCAGCAUGAUCAAAACUAUCAGGUAUGUUAGGUCAAGAACAAAGCAUGACAUUGACAUGCGUAUAGGAAUCCAUUCUGGAUCCGUGCUGUGUGGCGUUUUGGGCCUACGGAAGUGGCAAUUUGAUGUCUGGUCAUGGGAUGUGGAUAUUGCCAACAAGCUUGAGUCAGGUGGAAUCCCUGGGAGGAUCCAUAUAUCCAAAGCCACUCUGGACUGCCUGAAUGGGGACUAUAAAGUUGAAGAAGGGCAUGGCAAAGAGCGAAAUGAAUUCCUGAAGAAACAUAACAUUGAGACCUAUUUAAUAAAGCAGCCUGAAGAGAGUCUGUUGACUUUGCCUGAAGACAUUGUGAAAGAGUCUGUCAGCUCCGCAGACAGGAGAAACAGUGGGGCAACAUUUACAGAAGGAUCUUGGAGUCCUGAACUUCCAUUCGAUAACAUAGUGGGAAAGCAGAAUACUCUGGCUGCCCUAACAAGAAAUUCAAUAAAUCUGCUUCCAAACCAUCUUGCACAAGCUUUGCAUGUCCAGUCUGGGCCUGAGGAAAUUAACAAGCGAAUAGAGCACACCAUCGACUUACGGAGUGGCGAUAAAUUGAGAAGAGAGCAUAUCAAGCCUUUCUCACUGAUGUUUAAAGACUCCAGCCUGGAGCAUAAGUAUUCUCAAAUGAGAGAUGAAGUGUUCAAGUCAAACUUGGUGUGUGCAUUUAUUGUUCUUGUAUUUAUCACCGCAAUCCAAAGUUUACUUCCUUCUGCAAGGAUGAUGCCGAUGGUCAUUCAGUUUUCUAUUCUGAUUAUGCUGCACUCUGCCCUUGUGCUUAUCACCACUGCAGAGGAUUAUAAAUGUUUACCCCUCGUGCUCCGGAAAAUUUGCUGCUGGAUUAAUGAGACCUACUUGGCCAGGAAUGUUGUCAUUUUUGCAUCCAUUAUGAUUAAUUUUCUAGGAGCCAUCAUAAAUAUUCUAUGGUGUGAUUCUGACAAACCAGUACCCUUUAAGAACCAGACAUUCAAUUCCUCUGCAUCUUUUACAGACAUCUGCUCCUAUCCCGAGUAUUUUGUCUUCACUGGUGUCCUGGCAAUGGUGACCUGUGCAGUGUUCCUUCGUCUCAACUCUGUCCUGAAGCUGGCAGUUCUUCUCAUCAUGAUUGCAAUCUACGCUCUGCUGACCGAGACCGUUUAUGCCUCCCUUUUCCUGCGAUAUGACAACUUUAAUCACAAUGGAGACACAGACUUCCUGGGCACAAAGGAGGCAUCUUUGCUACUGAUGGCAAUGUUCCUGUUAGCCGUAUUUUAUCAUGGCCAACAACUGGAAUACACAGCCAGGCUGGACUUUUUGUGGCGUGUUCAAGCAAAAGAAGAAAUCAAUGAAAUGAAGGAGUUAAGGGAGCACAAUGAAAAUAUGCUACGAAAUAUUCUACCAAGUCACGUUGCCCGUCACUUCUUGGAGAAGGAUCGAGAUAAUGAAGAAUUGUACUCUCAGUCCUAUGAUGCUGUUGGUGUGAUGUUUGCUUCCAUCCCUGGUUUUGCUGACUUCUAUUCUCAGACUGAAAUGAAUAACCAAGGAGUAGAGUGUCUGCGUUUGCUGAAUGAAAUUAUUGCAGACUUUGAUGAGUUACUAGGUGAAGAGAGAUUUCAAGACAUAGAAAAAAUUAAAACCAUUGGCAGCACAUAUAUGGCAGUAUCAGGAUUAUCACCUGAAAAACAGCAAUGUGAAGACAAAUGGGGACAUUUGUGUGCUCUUGCUGACUUCUCCAUAGCUCUGAAUGAAAGCAUACAGGAGAUUAACAAGCAUUCAUUUAACAACUUUGAACUCCGCAUUGGGAUUAGCCAUGGCUCUGUUGUAGCAGGAGUUAUCGGUGCUAAGAAACCCCAGUACGAUAUCUGGGGCAAAACAGUUAACUUAGCUAGUCGAAUGGACAGCACAGGUGUUAGUGACAGAAUACAAGUGCCUGAAGAAACGUAUCUGAUCCUGAAGGACCGGGGCUUUGCCUUCGACUAUCGAGGAGAGAUUUACGUCAAAGGUAUCAGCGAGCAGGAAGGGAAAAUAAAAACGUAUUUUCUUCUGGGAAGAGUACAACCAAAUCCUUUAAUCUUACAACCAAGAAAACUGACUGGACAGUAUUCCUUAGCGGCUGUUGUGUUAGGACUUGUACAGUCUCUUAACAGGCAAAAACAGAAGCAAAUCCUUAAUGAAAAUAAUAACUCUGGAAUCAUAAAGGGACACUACAACCGGCGGACUUUGCUAACUUCCAGUGGACCUGAGGCAGUGGCCCAAGCAGAGGGUGCCGACAAAAGUGAAUUGCCAUAAUCAACAUUUGUUUGUGUUCUUUUUUUGUAUUUCUUUUAUAUAUAAAAUAAAUAUACCAAUAAAAAGGGUUUAAUUUUUUUUAGAA